AUGGAUCUCGGCAUGAACAUUUAUCCACAGUACAGCAUCAUUCUCAUGGCUCUGGUGGACCACAAGUACCGGUUUAGAUACAUAAGUGUUGGUGCCCCUGGACGAUGUCAUGAUGCUCAUGUCUACCGAAGGUCACAACUGUCCCACAUAGUGGCCAGUCCCCUUUUCCAAGCUCCAGUUGCCUUGGUAGCUGGAACGGCAGUUCCACCUGUAAUACUCUGCGACCAGGCCUUUCCUUUAACAGCAAACCUGAUCAAACCAUUUGGACAUAACACGACACUGACUGAUGAUAAACGAAAUUUCAACUACCAUCUCUCACGAGCAAGAAGAAUAGUUGAAAACGCCUUUGGAAGGCUGAAGGCCAGAUUCCGGUACACAGCAAAAAGGAUGGACUGUGAUGUGAACAAUGCUCGCUUAGUCAUCCGAACAUGCUGCAUACUAAACAACAUCUGUGAAUAUUUCAGUGACGACGUCCCUCAGCAGUGGCUGACUGAACUGCAGCAGGACAAUGUGGUAUUCCCUCAGCCAUCGUACACGACGGGAGCUGCAGUUGGAGAAGGUUCAAGUGUUAGAUCGGCUUUGGUUGAGUACUAUAGACAAAGGAACUGAGCUGACACAGAAAAAUUCAGCUUCAGCCAUGUUUUUUCUUAUUCACGUGUCUUUAUUGUAGAAGGUUAUGAGUACAUCAUAAAGCUUUUCUUGUAGUCUUAUCUGCUUCUUUCUCAGCUCCAUUUCUUCCUUGUGUGCAAUGUCGAACUGCUCCCUCAGGAGUCUGUGUUCCUCGAGCA